AUGAAAUUGAUGAAACAGAAAAACACUUCUUUGAAACAACUUUUGGCGCCGUUGAAACAAAACCGUUGGAUGAGCCGUUUGAAAACAAUGAAAUAUCUACAACAGAGGAGUAUUUGGUGAAGAAUGAAGUCGACAAUACUUAUGAUUUUGAAGCGGUAUAAUAUGUUGAAAAUUAAAGAUGAAAUUGAUGAAACAGAAAAACACUUCUUUGAAACAACUUUUGGAGCCGUUGAAACAAAACCGUUGGAUGAGCUGUUUGAAAACAAUGAAAUAUCUACAACAGAGGAGUAUUUGGUGAAGAAUGAAGUCGACAAUACUUAUGAAGUUUUGAAGCGGUUUAAUAUAUUGAAAAUUAAACCUGAAAAUUAUGAAACAGAAGAAGAAUUGUUGGAAAAAUCGUUUGAAGUCAUUAAAACUAAACCGUUUGAUAUGCAAUUCAUAAACAAUGAAAUUUCUACAACAAAUAAGUGUUUGGUAAAGAAUGAAGUCGACAAUAAUUAUGAUAUUCAUUUUUCGUGUAAAGCGACAGAUAUCUCAAAUAAUACAAAGACAAUGGAUUGUAGUUUUAACGAAACUAUAGAUAAUCAUUUUCAGAAAAAUAUAUACAAAAUACGUCGGUUCGACUGCAAUAUGUGUCAAAGGAGGUUUACAACCAAAAGUAAUAUAAUCCGGCAUAUUGCGAAAUCGCAUUCCAUUGAAAAGAAAACACCUCAAAAAAAUAAUGUCAAUCAUCCUAACAGCAAAAUCAAAGGAAAUACUCGAAACAAAGAUGGCCUAUUUAAUUGUGGUAAUUGUUUAAAAACGUUUUCAUUAAAAUCAAGCCUGAGAAGACAUUCGUGCAUUCACACGGAAAAGCCCUUUAAAUGCAAUGUCUGUGAUAAAACAUUUGGUAGACAAUCUUACCUCAAAACUCAUGAACGCAUACAUACUGGUGAAAAACCGUUUAAAUGUGAUGUCUGUAAAAAAUGUUUUAAUGUACAGUCUAACCUCAAAACUCACGAAAAAACACAUCUCGGCGAGAAACCAUUUAGAUGCGUUGUCUGUGGAAAAACAUUCAGUCAACAAAUUAGUCUCAAAAUUCAUAAACGCAUACAUACCGGUGAGAAACCGUAUAAAUGCGUUGUCUGUGAAAAAACAUUCAUUCAACAAUCUGAUCUCAAGAAACAUGCUCGUGUACAUACCGGUGAGAAACCUUAUAAAUGCAAUGUCUGUGAAAAAGCAUUCAUUCAACAAUCUAAUCUCAAGAGACACGCACGCAUACAUACCGGUGAGAAACCAUAUAAAUGCGUUAUCUGUGAAAAAACAUUCAUUCAACAAUCUUGUCUCAAGAAGCAUGGUCGUGUACAUACCGGUGAGAAACCUUACAAAUGCGAUAUCUGUCAAAAAGCAUUCAUUCAUCAAUCUAAUCUCAAGAGACAUGCACGUAUACAUACCGCCGAGAAACCUUUUAAGUGCGAUGUCUGUGAAAAAACAUUCAUUCAACAAUCUUGUCUCAAGAAGCAUGGUCGUGUACAUACCGGUGAGAAACCUUACAAAUGCGAUAUCUGUCAAAAAGCAUUCAUUCAUCAAUCUAAUCUCAAGAGACAUGCACGUAUACAUACCGCCGAGAAACCUUUUAAGUGCGAUGUCUGUGAAAAAACAUUUGGUACACAACAAUACCUAAAAAUUCAUAAACGCACACAUACCGUCGAAAAACCGUUUAAAUGCGAUGUCUGUCAAAAGGCUUUUUGCGACCAAUCUUACAUCAAAAUUCAUAAAAGGAUACAUACCGGCGAGAAGCCCUUUAAAUGCAAAGUCUGUGAAAAAGCAUUCAUUCAACAAUCUAAUCUCAAGAGACAUUUACGUAUACAUAUCGAUGAGAAACCCUAUAAAUGCGUUGUCUGUGAAAAAUGUUUUAAUAGACAAUUUAACCUCAAAACUCAUGAAAGAACACAUACCGCCGAGAAACCAUUUAAAUGCCGUGUCUGUGAAAAAGCGUUCAUUCAACAAUCUGACCUCAAGAGACAUUUACGUAUACAUACCGAUGAGAAACCCUAUAAAUGCGUUGUCUGUGAAAAAUGUUUUAAUAGACAAUUUAACCUCAAAACUCAUGAAAGAACACAUACCGCCGAGAAACCAUUUAAAUGCCGUGUCUGUGAAAAAGCGUUCAUUCAACAAUCUGACCUCAAGAGACAUUUACGUAUACAUACCGAUGAGAAACCCUAUAAAUGCGUUGUCUGUGAAAAAUGUUUUAAUAGACAAUUUAACCUCAAAACUCAUGAAAGAACACAUACCGCCGAGAAACUAAUUAAAUGCGAUGUCUGUGAAAAAACAUUCACUCAACAAAUUCAUCUUAAGAAACAUGCACGUGUACAUACCGGCGAGAAACCGUUUAAUUGUGGUAUUUGUUUAAGAACAUUUUCAUUAAAAUCAAGCCUGAGAAGACAUUGGCGCGUUCAUACUGGGGAGAAACCCUUUAAAUGCGAUAUCUGUGAAAAAACAUUUGGUAGACUAUCAAACCUCAAAAUUCAUGAACGCACCCAUACUGGUGAAAAACCGUUUAAAUGCGAUGUCUGUAAAAAAAGUUUUAAUGUACAGUCUACCCUCAAAACUCACGAAAGAAGACAUACCGGUGAGAAACCUUAUAAAUGCGUUGUCUGUGAAAAAACAUUCAUUCAACAAAUUAGUCUCAAAAUUCAUAAACGCAUACAUACCGGUGAGAAACCAUAUAAAUGCGAUGUCUGUGAAAAAACCUUCAUUCAACAUUCUGAUCUCAAGAGACAUGCACGUAUACAUAUUGGUGGGGUACGACAUAAAUGCUCAGUCUGUGAUAAAUCAUAUGGUCGCCAAGAUUCUCUCAAAAGUCAUCAAGCAAAAGCACACGGCUCAUAG